AUGACACCUAUGAUGACCGAAAAAGAUCAAGAGAUCUGCAUGUUCUUCGUGGACGACUCCAACAUCUGGAUCGAGGCCCAGAAGUUCGCCGCCUCGGGGAAUAGCCACAUGCCCAAACUGACUGACCACGACCGCGACCCGCGUCUGAGGAUCAACAUCGGCAAGCUGGUCAAGACACUCCUGGGCGGUCGCUUUCAAGGCACGUCGUAUCUCUAUGGCUCUCGCCCGCCACCCAACGACGCAGUGUGGAACACGUUUGAGAAGUACAACUUCCGAACCAAGAUCUACGAUCGCGCUCGCGGCAAGGAGAAGCAGGUAGACACUGCCAUGACGGCGGACAUGGUCGCAGAAUCUGCCGAGCUCAGCAUCGGAGCUAAGUCUGCCCCAGAGAUCAAGGAGAAGAAUAAGAGAACCAUCUUUAUCGCCAUCACUGGAGACCAAGACAUGGUCCCCCCAAUCAGACGAGUCUUGGGCUACGGGUUCCGGGUUGAGCUCUGGGCCUGGAAAUCGGGCAUCUCUUCUGAGUACCGUAAACUAGCCAACGAUAUGGCUCUGCUGUCGAUAAACUACCUGGAGCAUGUAUUCAAAGAAAUCUCCUUCACGAGCUACCGUUCCACUAGGCGGUCCGGAAAGGUCGAUCCAAGCUGCACGCUUGUGCUCUACGAGUUUACCAGCCCAGAGUCCACCGACCCCGUCGACCCGGAAGCUGUUGUCUGCAAUGUGCUCGAUGGAUGGGGCCGCUUGUCCUUCAUAAUCCCAUCCAACGUGACAAACGAGUUCUACGUCGAGUUCCCCGGAGUCAAGAACAUCAAUGACAUGGAUGACCUGAUCGCCAAGGCAGAGACCCAGUUCGAGGGACUGUGGAAGGUCAUGUCGUGGCCUCGAUACGCGAACCGCUUCAACGAAGGACCGCCGGCCAUGGUCGAAACUAGCAACAUGUUUGCGCCUCUGGAGGGUGACGGGGAUAAAAAAUCCGUGGAUAUCAUGGCCAAGGAAGAGUCCCAACGCACCCAAUACAGCGCCAACGCGUCCAGCGCCACAGCCAACGUCAGGGACCCAUCCAACCCCUGGAAGCUGCCCGCCGGGGGUGAACGGAGUGAAAACGCAGAGGCAAGCAGCCUUAGUGAUCCCAGCAACAGCGACAGCAACACCGAAAAGUGGGAGACGGUAACUCGCACUAAUUUGAAAAGCGGCCAUCAUGCAAAACAGCCAUGCCCCUACGGCAUUCGCUGUGGUAAACGCGGCGAUUGCGGUCAUCUACACACCAAAGAGGAGCGCAACCUGUUCCAAGCUCUGCCAGGGCAGAACUUCAAGAAAUGGAGGACGAGCAAGUGCCGUUACGGAGACAGAUGUUACCUCGGGAAAAGAUGUGCGUACUAUCAUACGCCGGCUGAGGCAUGGUGCACCCUAUGCCAUGUCGAGGGCCACAGCAGGGAAGGCUGUAAAUAUUAG